GUGAAACAAAGCAAAACAGAUAAACAUUAUCGAAAAGGAGUGAUAAAGACCGGUGACACCACACGGAUCUCCUUCAGAAAUUUAUACAACUUGUCUAGCUUUUUAAGAGAAAUAUUUAAUUGAAAUAAAUUCAGUUUUAUUGGUUCUUCUUGUCUACGUAAUUAUUUAUUUCUAAUACAUAUUUAAUUGUAGAAAUGACUUUACAAUCAAUUAAAUAUAUACCCGGUAAAUUGGAAAUACUCGAUCAGUUACUACUUCCGGUCCAAUCGAAAUAUUUAUCGGUAAAAGGUGUAGAAGAUGGUUGGAAGGUUAUUAAUAAAAUGCAGGUACGUGGUGCUCCUGCAAUUGCGAUAGUUGGCUGUCUAUCGUUGGCUGUUGAAAUUUUUCCAGAAACGUUCGACUCAAAAAAAUCCUUACGCCAAGAAAUUGAGGGUAAACUAAAUUAUUUGGUCUCGGCAAGACCAACAGCAGUAAAUAUGAAAAUAGCUGCAGAUGAACUAAUUGGCCUGGCCAAUGAUCUAACAAAAGAUGAACGUAUUUCCGUCGAUAUAAUGAAAGAAAGAUUCCUAGAUGCCACUGAAGCAAUGCUUCAAAAAGAUAUAUCUGACAAUAAAGCCAUUGGUACAAAUGGUGCAAAAGCUAUACUAGAAAAUGCCAAUAAAGACGGACCCGUGCGUGUAUUAACUCAUUGUAAUACAGGCUCAUUGGCAACAGCUGGAUAUGGCACUGCUUUGGGAGUUGUUAGAAAAUUACACGAAUUAAAGAAACUAGAACAUGUAUAUUGCACUGAAACAAGACCAUAUAAUCAAGGAGCUCGCUUGACAGCAUAUGAAUUAGUACAUGAUAAACUGCCAGCUACGCUGGUAUUAGAUAGUAUGGUUGCCGCUUUACUACGUGCAAAAAAUGUAGCCGCGGUAGUAGUAGGUGCGGAUAGAGUAGCAGCUAAUGGUGAUACAGCCAAUAAAAUUGGAACUUAUCAAAUUGCCGUGGUGGCCAAACAUCACGGUGUACCAUUUUUUGUGGCUGCACCCUUAACUUCAAUUGAUUUACAAAUACCUAGUGGUGAUCAUAUUAUAAUUGAAGAGAGACCUGAUCGUGAGAUGACUCAUGUGGGAGAGCAUAGAAUAGCUGCACCUGGUAUUAACUGUUGGAAUCCUGCAUUUGAUGUUACGCCCGCUUCUCUAAUUACUGGCAUAAUUACGGAACGUGGUGUAUUUAGUCCACAAAAACUUAAAGACGAAAUAAGCGCUUUAUUAGAACUCUAAACAAUGUUGUCUCUUAUCGUUUGUUAGACUUAAGAAACUUUCCCUUCCUUCUAAACAUUUUCUCUCAACUAUUAACUUUACAUUAAACCUAAAGUAUUUAGAAUUUAAACAGCACCAUUUUUUUAUAUAAAAUUUCUUUACACUUAGUUGUGAUAUUGUUAACAUGCGAAACUUACUAUAUAUACAAACAAUACGUAUUUUUUGAUACAAUUAUGGUUCAAAAAAAUUAUUAUUAUUAAAACAUACUGCAGAUUAUGGCUAGAAAAUAGAUAUCGAUCACAAAAAUAUUGGAAAAAUAUGCUUAAAAUUUAAGUACAUUAAAAAAAAUAAAAUAUACAAAUUUAUUUUUAUUCUCAAUAAGUGAAUAAUUUA